AUGGCCGCCCUCCUGCAGUCGUUCAACGCGGCCCUCGUCCGCCGGCCUAUGCUCACCCAGUGCGCGACGUCUGCGGUCCUCUUUGGGAGCGGCGAUGUUGUUGCCCAACAGGCGUUUGAGCAGAAGGGGAGGGAGCACGACUUCGCGCGGACCGCGCGGCUCGCGUUCUAUGGCGGUGCGAUAUUCGGGCCUCUGCUCACCAAGUGGCUCCAGCUCCUCAACCGCAUCUCCUUCGCGUCCCCCAUCAAGGGCGUCGUAUACAAGGUAUGGAUGGACCAGACGAUGUUCACCCCAGCGGUCAUCGGCAUCUUCUUCGGCUCCAUGACAUUCCUCGAGGGCAAGGGCGUCGCCCAGGCGCAAGAGCGCAUCAGCGACGCGUACGUCCCGACCCUCGUCCGCAACUGGGGCGUCUUCGUCCCCGCCCAGGCCCUCAACUUCGCCCUCGUCCCGCCCCACUUGCGCUUCGUCGCCGUCGGCGCCGUCUCCCUCUUCUGGAACUCGUACCUCAGCGCGGUCAACGCGCGGAACGCCCGCCUCGAAGCGGGCGGGGAGGGCAAAGCAGCAGUGUGA